AUGGCACGGAUGAACCCAGCACAUGUGGUCGGAGCUGCUUUGUACGCAACGGGGGCUGUGCAGAGACAUGUACUGACACGCACUGGGGAGUGCAGUGCUCCUGUGGGGCUGGCUGGGUGCUGCAGGCAGAUGGGCAAAGUUGUGCUGAUGUGGACGAGUGCUCUCUGGAGUACAGCCCCUGCAGCCAGUUGUGCACCAACACCCCAGGCACUUUCAGCUGUGCAUGUCUCCAGGGCUACACCCUGCGUCACGGCACCGCCUGUGAAGUGGCAGACAAUUCAACACAGAUCCUGGUGGCCGUGGGGCAGGACCUGGCAGUUCUGGAUGUACGGACCCAAGCCUACAGGCCCCUGCUCUCCACUGAGACCGAGCCCCGUGCCCUUGUAUGCUGGAGAGGUGAACAGCAUCUCUGUGGACUGGUUCACAGGGCAACUGUACUGGGCCAGCAGCCAUCCCCCAGCCAUCUGUGCAGGGCUGGGUGAUGGCCGUGGUUACGUGACAGUGCUGGGGAAGGACAUUGCACCAGAGCAGCUGACAGUACAUCCAGCUGCAAGGUCCCUGUACUGGGUCAACCGUGGACAGAGGGGCCGGACAGUCAUUGCUGCAGCUGGCAUGGAUGGCUCAAACUGGCGGGAGCUCACAGUUGUGUCCAUGGAGGAGCCUGUGGGGCUGAGCCUGGACCAUGUGGCUGGCAGGCUGUACUGGAUCAGCGAGUACAAGGAGUCCAUCGAGACACUGCGGGUGGAUGGCAGCGGGCGUCACUCCUUCCACGCUGUUUUGCGGAGCCACACGGAGCCACUGGGCCUGGCCGUGUUUGAGAGCCGGUUCUUCUGGACCGAUGGCACAGAGCUGGUGUCAGCCACCUGGGCCUCGCCCCAGGACCAUGCAGUGCUGCUCCGUGCCUCUAUCUCAGCUUUCACUGUGCUGCACGCACUGCAGCAGCCUCCCAGGGACACUGCUGCAUGUGCUCUGGGCCUGUGUAGUCACCUAUGCCUCCUGUCCCCUGUGCAUCCUCGGGGCUACAAGUGUGCAUGUCCAGAGGGCCUCUUCCUCCUGCCCUCAGGGAAGUGUGCAGAGCUGUCCAUCGUGUAUGCAUCAGAAAAGGCCAUCUCCCUGGUGCAUGUGGGCCCUGGAACACACGCCAAACAGGUGCAGGAGUGGCAGGAGCCCUUCCACCUGCAAGAUGUGGACUGGCAGAGGUCAGUGCUCUAUGGGACAGAUGACCAUGGGACUCUGCUGCAUGUUGUGGGCCACCCUGGCAGGAGAGAGGCCAUUGUGACUGGGCUGCCAGUCUGCUCUGCCCGUGUGGACAUCCGCUCCGGGGACCUGUACUGGCUUGCAUGUAACCGGAGGGACAUCGGCGUGAUCCGGACAUCUGACAAGUCCCCGCGCAUCCUGCACCGUGCUCGCAGCAGCAUCCAGCACCUCUUCCUGGACUGGCAGCGUGGUGCUCUGUACUGGCUGGCCCGUGGGCAACCCCUGCAGGCACUGAGUCUGGCGGGGGGUGCUCCAUGGGAUGCCUGGAAUGAGACGUGGCCUGGAGACCUGCCUGCGGCCAUGGACAGCAGAGCCUUCAGUGUGCUCUGGAGCUCAGCCCUGGGCCUGCAGGCACUGAGUCUGACCAAGCGGCAAGCAGUCACCCUGGCACCCAGCUGGUCCCAUGGCCUCAUGGCUGCCUUUGAGCCAUACCUGGUGUCAGCAAAUGGGACAGCUCUGCUGCUGUGGGACCGGAGGACACUGGCCCUUGUUCUGUCCCUGCCGGCAGUGGGUGUGCAGGGAGUGGUGGCCUUCGUGGGCUCAGAGGUGCAGACUGUGUCACCAAGCAAAGGGUCUGCCGUGCCACUCCUUCCACCUGUGACCACCACUAUGAGGACAACCACAAGCACCACUGCUGCUCGGCCUACCACCUCUACCACAACACCACUGCCAAGCCAGACCACCACUGCACUCAGCACUACUCCUGCACCAACCAGCAAGGCUACCACAUCACAAACCACCAGCAGACAGCCCACAUCAAAGAAGACCACCUCUGCACCAACCACUGCCCGGACCACACUGACCAAGACUACCACUGUCCAGCCAGCCACCAGCACCACUCGAUCUUUUACAACUAAGAUCACUGCCCUACAGCCAACCACAACCACCCCAAGCUCAAACAGUUCUGCACGGGUGGUAACACCUACCCCACCCCUCCAGUCCAGCACUGCACACCCCCUGACCCCAGUUCUUCAUCUGUCCUGUUCUCGCACGCAUGUGCCCUGCCGUGAUGGCACUGGGUGUGUGGCCCAGGAGUACCUGUGUGAUGGGGAGAAGGACUGUGCAGAUGGCUCUGAUGAGGAUGGGGGCCUUCCACUGUGCGAGCGGAGCCGUGUGCGUCAGGCCGGAAGAGCACUGCGAUGGGGUGCCACAGUGUCCCGACGGCUCGGAUGA